ACAGGGAAACUUUAACCCUCGGAAGACCGACCCCGACGCAGCCACGUGCAGGGCAUAUGCUGGAUCAAUUGUUAACAUUUAUACAAAGAUUUUACUGUUUUUAUUUAUUACAAAUUUUGCAAUAUUACAAAUAUAAUGUAACUGACUAUUGUGUAUUUUUCCUGAAUAUACAUAUAAACAUAUUCAAGUGGCAGGGAGUGAGAAAUAUCGCUCACACGAUCUGCUACUACUUACAGUGAUACAACUCUUGCACUAUCGUGUUAGCGUGAUCAAAAAGUUGCAUUUUUGUACACAAAAGUAUAAAUUAAUAUUUCAUAGGCAGAAAACGUCGGCAACAGAUUCUCGCUAUUGUGACUGAAGAAUAUAAAUAGUUACAAAAUAAAACUAUUUUCCGAGCAGAACAGGAAUUUGCUACUGUUUCUUGCUGCUCACGAAAUAUUACCUUAAAACAAAAUGGUAAGAAGUAUGCACUAGUGCCGCAAACUACAAUCUCAACAUCGAUCUAAGAAAACAUCAAUUCCUUGAUUAAUCGAUAUCUUAAAACAUCGAGUGAAAACAACAGUAUAAAGCAUCGAUUACAUCUAAGAAUCGAUGCAACAUCGUUCAUCACUACUGGCAACUAGUGUGACCAUUUGCCUGCACAUAAAACAUCCCUCGCGUCCGAACGUCCUCGAAAUCCUUUACAAACCUCCUACUGUGGACGCUCCUGUGUUGUAGGCAAAUGGUCACACUACUGGCAAUUCUGGUACGAAUACACAUCGACGUCCCCACUCGCAACUGCGCCUGCGCAGCUUCAUCUACCGCGCCUGCCAUCUGCACAUGUGCAUCUCUCUUUACUUUUCCCAGUAACGGCAACAGUAACCAACGGUAACGGUCAUCAGUGUAGCGUCAUUCUUUGGUUAUAAGUCAUUUUCUUUCUGUACUUCUCAUUGUUCGGCGUGUAUUUGAUCUUGUGUUUUCUUUCUGAUUCCUCGGAAGUUAUUUUUGUCUAUCUUAACAUGAAGUAUGGAUUCAUGUCCAGAGGGUGCAAAUUCAAGUACAAGUACUUCUUGUACUAGUAUGACUCCUCCUCCUACCAAGUGGAAGAGAGAACAUUGCAAAGUACAGUUCCAAGAUGAGUGGCUUCAAGAGCCAGAAUUUAAAGUGUGGCUUGAAAAAUGUGCGAACACUAGAAAAGCAAAAUGUGCACUGUGUAAAAAAGUUCUAUCAGCACAUAGAGGCAACCUAUUAAGGCACAGAAAUUCAGAAAGACAUUGUCGAUACGAAGAAAUUACAAAGCACUUAAUUUCAACAGAAGGGUAUAAUGUGGAUGGUGGAUAUAAAAAUAAAAAAGUAUUGGCCAGAAUAGCAGAAAUGAGACUAUGUAUGAACAUAAUUGAGCAUAACCGUAGCUUUAAUUCGUUCAAUCAUUUCAUAGAUAUGUUAUAUGCAUGUUUUCCGGAUUCAGAAAUUUUAACAGAGGUUUCCCUAAGAAGGACUAAAAUAUAUGCUAUUAUAACAAAUGUACUGAAUCAAGCAAUAAUUGAGAAACACAUAAAAAUUUUAGUAAAUAAAUUCUUCUCUACUCUUGUGGAUGAGAGCACAGAUGUUUCCAAUGAUAAAAACCUGUGUAUUUUAGUCCGUUAUGUCGAUGAAGGUGCAAUUGUAACAUAUUUAUUAGAUUACAUCAAGAUCUCAAAAAGCAAUGCAGAAAACCUAUACAAAUGUUUCAUAUAUGCGUUACAAAAAAACAACUUAGACAUUGCAAAUCUAGUGGGUGUAUGCAUAGAUAACGCUAAUGUAAUGUUGGAGAAACACAAUUCCUUUGUUUCAAGGAUUUUAGCCAAAAACAGUGAAGUUGUAAUAGUUCCAUGUACGUGCCACUGCAUGCAUUUGAUUGCAUACAGUGCAACGAAAUGUUUGCCAACAGAAAUUGUCAGUGUUAUCUAUAAAAUAUAUAAUUAUUUCUCCAGAAGUCCCAAGAGGCAAAAUAUGUGGAAUGAAACUUUCAAAAUUUUUAAUAUUGGAGAGAGAAAAAUAAUUCAACCCAGUCCAACCCGGUGGUUGAUGUUGAGAAAGUCAAUAAAUAUCAUUUUAAUGCAGUUCCCAGCGUUAGUACAAUUUUUCUUGGACGCUUUCGUGACAGAUAACACGGAAUCAGUUACCUACGUUUUUAAAAUAUUAAAUAACAGAUUAACAAAAGUAUAUUUAGAAUUUUUAAAGUAUAUACUUGGAGUAAUGAAUAAGUAUAAUCUCCUCUUCCAAAGCAAUGAUGUAAUGAUACAUCUUUUAUCCCAUAAGCUAAAUAAGUUUUUAAAAUUUUUAGGAUCAUCAUUUUUGACGUACGAGUGCAUUAAUACAGCACAACAUUUACAUGCUAUUGAUAUUUAUGACAAUAAGAACUUAAUGCCUGUCGAAGAAAUACUUCUUCAUGCAGAUGCUGAAGCAGCGAUGGAGGAAGUCAAGAGUACCAAUGAUGUAAGCGAUGAUGACAUGAAACAAUUUUAUCAAAAUAUACAAAAAUUUUAUCAAACUGCAUAUGAAGCUGCAACUGCAAGACUGCCCUUCGAUGAAGAAUUUUUAAAUGCUUUAGACUUUCUAAAUCCUACAGUUACAUUAGAUAUUCGCAUGCACAAAGACCAAUUGAAUCAUAUUUUGCAAAAAUUUCCUUCGAAAUUCGAUAACCAUAAUGUACAUUUAGAAUGGCGUGAAAUUGCUGUAUAUUUUGAACCCAACGAGACAAUUGAAAUUGCAAAAUUAAACAUUUGUGACUUCUGGAAGAAAAUAAGUCAAAUUAAAAAUCCACUAGGUCAAUGUAGAUUCCCCAACAUUAUGAAAGUCGUACAGUUAUGCUUAGCGUUACCCCACUCUAAUGCUGAAGUUGAGAGAUUUUUCUCCAUGAUAAGCAAAAUAAAAACUGAUAAGAGAAAUAAGUUAAGAUGUAAAACGAUAAGUUCAUUAACUAGACUGAAAUUAGAUUUAAAGAGUACAAAAAAAACGUGUGCUAACUGGCAACCGUCGAAAAGGGCAUUACAGUUAUGUAAUGAUGAUGACAUGUACAAAAAGGAAACGAUACCACAACAUUUAACUGGUAUCAUUUUACCAGAUGAAGAGGAGACUGAGUCGGAUACGGAUACAGAUAGAAAUAAUAGUGAAACCCACAUUACAAAUCAUAUUUUCACUCUGCAAAAGGAGAUCACCAAAAAUUAGCUAGGUAUCAAUAAAUCAUAAAAAAUUAAAUUUUAUGCAUUUUGUAACCAUCACAAAACGUACAGAAUAAACAUUUGUGAUCUGAAACAUA